AUGGAUGGGUUGUCUUCACUGAGAUUCAUUCGAUUAGGUGGGACAAGCAUUUCUGGCUUCUCCAAUGGAUUCAAUGAGCUUUCUUGUCUUGAGAAACUUGAAGAAUUAGAUGUCACAGGAUGCGAGAAUUUGGAAGGGGAAAUCCCUAUAGGUGGGACAAACAUUUCUGGCUUCUCCAAUGGAUUCAAUGAGCUUUCCCGUCUUGAGAAACUUGAAGAAUUAGAUCUUGAAGAAUUAGAUGUCAGUAAAUGCAAGAAUUUGGAAGCGGAAAUCCCUAUAGAUGGGUUGUUUUCACUAAGGAUCCUUCGAUUAGGUUGGACAAGCAUUUCUGGCUUCUCCAAUGGAUUCAAUAAGCUUUCUCGCCUUGAAAAACUUGAAGAAUUAGAUGUGAGACAAUGCAAGAAUCUGAGAGGGGAAAUCUCUAUAGAUGGGUUGUCUUCAUUGAAGAUCCUUCAAUUAAGUGGAACAAGCGUUUCUGGCUUCCCCAACUUAUUCAAUAAGCUUUCUUGUUUAGAGAAACUUGAAGCAUUACAUGCCGUAGGAUGCAAGAAUCUAGGUGGGGAAAUCUCUAUAGAUGGGUUGUCUUCACUGAGGGUCCUUCGCUUAGGUGGGACAAACAUUUCUGGCUUCUCCAAUGGAUUCAAUGAGCUUUCCCGUCUUGAGAAACUUGAAGAAUUAGAUAAACUUGAAGAAUUACAUGCCGUAGGAUGCAAGAAUCUAGGAGGUGAAAUCUCUAUAGAUGGGUUGUCUUCACUGAGGGUCCUUCGCUUAGGUGGGACAAACAUUUCUGGCUUCUCCAAUGGAUUCAAUGAACUUUCCCGUCUUGAGAAACUUGAAGAAUUAGAUGUCACAGGAUGCAAGAAUUUGGAAGGGAAAAUCCCUACGGAUGGGUUGUCUUCAUUGAAAAUCCUUCGAUUAAGUGGGACAAGCGUUUCUGGCUUCCCUAACUUAUUCAAUAAGUUUUCUCGUCUGGAAAAACUUGAAGAAUUAGAUGUCAGUAAAUGCAAGAAUUUGGAAGCGGAAAUCCCUAUAGAUUGGUUGUUUUCACUAAAGAUCCUUCGAUUAGGUUGGACAAGCAUUUAUGGCUUCUCCAAUGGAUUCAAUAAGCUUUCUCGUCUAGAGAAACUUGAAGAAUUAGAUGUGAGAGAAUGCAAGAAUUUGGAAGGGGAAAUCCCUAUAGAUGGGUUGUCUUCACUAAAGAUCCUUCGAUUAAGUGGAACAAGCGUUUCUGGCUUCCCCAACUUAUUCAAUAAUCUUUCUCGUUUAGAGAAACUUGAAGAAUUAGAUGCCACGAGAUGCAAGAAUCUUAGAGGGGAAAUUCCUAUAGAUGGGUUGUCGUCACUGAGGAUCCUUCGAUUAGGUUGGACAAGCAUUUCUGGCUUCUCCAAUGGAUUCGAUAAGCUUUCUUGUCUUGUGAAGCUUGAAGAAUUAGAUGUCAGUAAAUGCAAGAAUUUGGAAGCGGAAAUCCCUAUAGAUGGGCUGUCUUCACUAAAGAUCCUUCGAUUAAGUGAGUUAAGCAUUUCUGGCUUCCUCGAUGGAUUCGAUAAGCUUUCUCGUUUUGAGAAACUUCAAUUAUAUGACUGCAAGAUGCUUCAAUCGUUGCCGCAAAGCAUCGCUUAUCUGCCUUCUCUACAACUCCUUCAGUUAAGAAGGUGUCGCAAUUUUUAA